UAAAACCCACAAAAAAAGGUUCAAAGAUCCCCACUUGCACUUCCUCGUUGACACAAUUCCCCCCUCUCUGUCUCUGUCUCUCUCUCUCUCUCUGAAAUGAUCCCAUCGAUGGUGCGGCGGGAGCUGACGAUGGACGUGGAGGAGACGGCGGAGUCGAGGAUUCAGCGCCAGAUAUCGGAGAAUCCGGUGGUCAUCUUCACCCGGCCGGCAUGCUGCAUGUGCCACGUCAUGAAGAGGCUACUCUGCGCCGUGGGGGUCCACCCCACCGUCAUCCAAUUGGACGACUCCGAGAUCCCGGCUCUCCCCCCCUCUGCCGACGGUGGAAGCAGCACUCCGGCUGUGUUCAUCGGCGGGGCAAGCAUCGGUGGCCUCGAGAGCCUCGUGGCCCUCCACCUCAGCGGCCUCCUCGUCCCCAAGCUCCUGGAAAUUGGCGCUCUCAAGGAUACUGGAAUAUCGUAAUCUUUUUAUUAGUCUCAGUUUCAGUAUUAUACAUACAUAUAUAUAUAUGCUAUAUAAUUGUUAGUUGCAAAAAUCCAAAAAAAAAAAAGAAAA